CGUGAGUCACAGUGGUGCACGAGUGCCUGUGCUGUUCUGUUUUUCAGAGUUUGUCUCAGUUCGAAGCUACUGUUAAUCAGGAAUACAAACAUGUCUUCGCGUAAAACAGCUGGACGUCGUGCAACAACGAAAAAGCGAGCACAACGAGCGACAUCAAACGUCUUUGCGAUGUUUGAUCAAGCACAAAUUGCUGAAUUUAAGGAAGCUUUCAACAUGAUCGAUCAGAAUCACGAUGGUUUUAUCGAUAAGGAAGAUCUUCACGACAUGCUUGCCUCGCUAGGUAAAAAUCCGACCGAUGAAUAUUUAGAAGCAAUGAUGAACGAGGCUCCGGGUCCAAUAAAUUUUACAAUGUUCUUAACUUUGUUCGGCGAAAGACUUCAAGGUACUGAUCCGGAAGACGUAAUUAAAAAUGCCUUUGGUUGUUUCGACGAAGAAAACACUGGACACAUAAACGAAGAACGUCUCCGAGAAUUACUUACGACAAUGGGAGACAGAUUUACGGAUGACGACGUCGAUGAAAUGUAUCGAGAGGCACCUAUCAAAGGAUCGAUGUUCGACUACAUAGAAUUUACCCGAAUUUUAAAGCACGGUGCUAAAGACAAGGAUGAACAGUGAAAACCCUGAAGUCAUCUGUUCUUUAUAUUCGUGUGAUUGAGCGUGUAACACGCUUUAAUAUGGUUGCAAUUGUAAAGUUUGAAAUAUUACUUGUAUUUUGUACAUCCCCUAUUAAUGAGAAUAACUGAAAAUCUAGGAUUUAUAUUAUUUUUCGAACAACUGCCUUAUCUCUAGGUCCUAAAUGUAUAAGCCCCCAAACCACGAUGUAAGCAUUUACAAUAUUUAUUUCAAAGUAUAAAUGUUCGUACACAAACUAUACGAAUGAAUACGAAAAGAAAGAAACUUUAAUUCGCAUCUUGAUAAAAGAUACAUCCAGUAUGAAGUCGAUACGAAACUCAAU